AAUCCAGAAGACGAAGAAGCAUCAUCCUGAACGGUCGGUAGGCAUGGAUGUGUCAGUACCGUAUCCGGUAGUAUCUUUGGUUCAGUUGUCCGGGAAACCCGCCAUGUACGCUUCGUUCAAAACACUCAUCUGAGGAGAGGCGCCUGUAUCUUUACUUACAUGUCUGACCUGUGGCGCGCUUAGUUAAAGGAGACAGAUGACAAGCUAGCCGGCCGCGAGAAUUUAGGAAACAAGAAGCUAGGUUAGCUUAAGUGGUGUCUAGCCACGGUUGAAUCUUAUAAUUAGGCGAACGUUGGCUAAAAUCCAACAUGACCCAACAAGCUGCUGCUCUGCAGACCUACAACAAUGAACUUGUCAAGUGUAUUGAAGAUCUGUGCUCCAAGCGGGAGGAGUUGAACCGGCAGAUCAAGCAGGAGGAAGAGGAGAAGGAACGACUGCAGCACGACAUCCGCGUCCUCUCAGAGAAGCUGAGCAGAGUCAACGAGAGCCUGGCACAAAGACUCGCCGCCCGUGCCACUUUCGACCGCACCAUCGCAGAGACCGAGGCUGCAUACACCAAGAUCUUGGAGAGUUCCCAGUCUCUUCUGAGCGUCCUGAAGCAGGAGGCAGGAAACCUCAGUAAAGCCACAGAACCCCGGAGGAAGGAGCACUAAUGGCAAUGAAAGGUCACUAAACUUGCGUAUUGACCACAACAGCACACAUGACUCUGCACUUAACAGUUUAUACUCCACUCUGGACUAUUUGUAAUAUAUUUGAUUGAUUUAUUGUAAGUUCCUUAUUCUAAUAAAUGUGUUUAUCACUCCCAUGAA